GAACGAAUGAGAGUCGGACUUGAUGUCCGAGGAACCCCCCGUUUUAUUACACUUCCAUUUUUCAAAAACACAGGAACCGAACAAAAAACUAGUCUUCUGGGUAUUGGGGGCGAGAAAAAGCUCUCACAUAGGAGACCCACCCACUGGAGGGGAGUUCUGUCUCGGGGGAGGCACCUGAACUCAAACCCACUGCUCCAACGGACUCCUUCUUGCGUGGUCUUUUUCUUCUUCUUCCUCCUCUCUCCCCCUAACCAGAUCCGGGUGAUCCAGUAGGGAUUGAAAGGAAAGGGCUCAAGCUUCUGUUGUUUUUAAGGUUGGUUUCAUAUUCUUCAAGGUAAACGUCGAUGCUGCACUCAACGACUGGCUAUUGAUGCGCUAUAAGAUUUUGACUUUGAAAUUACCUAUCAAUAAAAAAUAAAAAUCAAAAGAUUUUGACUUUGAAAUUGGUUCUGUUGAAUGGAAAUCUAGGAAAAGAGGAGGAGAAAAUACUCCCAACUUUUUACUUGAGUUUUAGUCGAGGUUCUGAAGAGUGUACGGAAUUGUUAUAUUGGGCUGUUUGGUGGGAGGCGGCAAGGAAUUGUUAUGGCUGUUGCCAAGAGCAACAACGGCAACGGCACACUCACACAGCCCUGCAAUUGUUAUAAAGUUGAGAGCUUGACUGAAACCAUUUUGGACGCAAAUCAGACCUCAAAUUUGAAAGAUCGGUACAUUCUUGGAGAGCAAUUGGGUUGGGGGCAGUUUGGUGUCAUCAGAGUAUGCUCUGAUAAGUUAACCGGAGAGGUAUUAGCGUGCAAAUCGAUUGCUAAAGAGAGAUUGUUUACGUUGGAUGAUGUACGAAGUGUGAAGCUUGAGAUUGAAAUUAUGACCAAGCUAUCUGGGCACCCAAAUGUUGUGGAUCUCAAGGCAGUGUAUGAGGAGGAAGACCAUGUUCAUUUGGUGAUGGAACUUUGUGCUGGAGGGGAGCUAUUUCACCUGCUAGAAAAGCAUGGGCGAUUCUCCGAAUAUGAGGCAAGGGUUCGCUUCAGGCAUCUGAUGCAAGUGGUUUUGUAUUGUCAUGAAAAUGGGGUGGUUCAUAGAGAUUUGAAGCCUGAGAAUAUCCUCCUGGCCACAAAGGCUGCCUCAUCUCCAAUUAAAUUGGCAGAUUUUGGUCUUGCAACCUACAUCAAGCCUGGGCAGAGCUUGCAUGGGCUAGUUGGGAGUCCGUUUUAUAUAGCUCCAGAGGUCCUUGCCGGGGGCUACAACCAGGCUGCCGACGUUUGGAGUGCAGGUGUUAUCCUUUACAUUCUUCUUAGUGCAAUGCCACCAUUUUGGGGAAAGACGAAGUCCCAUAUAUUCAAUGCUGUUAGGGCAGCUGAUCUGAGGUUCCCACCUGAACCCUGGAAUCACAUAUCAGAAUCUGCCAAGAAUCUUAUUGGUGCAAUGCUUUGUACUGAUCCUUCUCAAAGGCUUACUGCUCAACAGGUCUUAGAGCAUCCCUGGAUGAAGGACAAUGGACCUAAAGAAGUAAAUGGGUGGGAAAACCAAAAUUGUGGAGAGAGGGGUGUAGCUGGUGGCUCGUUCUCUCCCUCAUUUAUGUCCAGGAAUCAGGACGUCAGCUUUGGCACUGGAUCACCUAUUGCAUGUGAGGUUGAAUCACCUACAUUCACAUGCAGAUCAUCUUUUUCUUCUUUCCUAGCGGAACCAUCAACACCUUGCCCUGCAGCUGGUGGGUUUUCCUUCUGCAGCAAUGGUGAUUCUAAUACGCUGGAAUUCUCUUCCCCUGUUCCCUCAAUGCCAAGUUUUGCAUUCUUCAGCCCUGGUUCUGCAAUUGAACAAGGGAGUUGUGCAUUGGAGUUUUCGGCCAGCAUGUCCAGAGUGGAUCCAUUCCAAGAAGAGGGAAGCCUGGGCAAGCUGCUCUUGUUACCAGAUUCUACUCGUUGCUUGAGGCACGAGGCAAACGGAAUGGAACACAAGGAACCUGAAGUUAAAAGGGCAGGAGGAAAGAUCGAGUCUAGAACCUUAUGCACCCAUAGCAAGAGGAACCAUACAAUUGGACUUGGUGACCACGAGCAACUUGAUCUCAUGGUGACUGAAUCAGUCAUCCGUUGGUCAUCAUGCACACAUCUUCCUACGUCCCUUAGAUCUUCUCUCGUAUGUUGAAAAUAUGGACUGGCUGACUGCAUCGAACUAAUUGCUUUGAUGAGGUAUUAAGAUUGCGAAGGAAAUGGCAUACCCAAGAGAAGUCUCGUAUUGGUGUGUGAUAUUGUGUUUGUGCUCUUGUUACUGAAAUCUUGUGUUACUUCUCGAGUGAGUUUUGUUUCUAGGAGUGGUGGUUUGGAUGGUGUCUUUUGAUUCUAAGAGUUAGUAUUAGGUUUUUCUUCUCACCAGUAGGUUAGUGUAACAAGUUGUGGCAAAUGGACUCUUUCCUUGUGUAUAAAGUUGGUUCUCUGCGAUAUGAAUUUUUCCAAGCUUCAUAUUUUAGUACUUUGCAACUA